CGUGUGCAACACAGUGCAUACGUCAUCAACGCGCCAACCCGAUCAGCUGCAGCAAAGCUGUAGUCUCUCUUGGAGACUAUUUUUAAUCAUAAGAGUUUUGGCCGGUUUUCAAACAAGCUCCUGUUGCAGACCAAACGGUAAAGAUCUGAUAUCGUUAAUGUAGUAAAAUGCACACAGCUGUCAGACGCGUGUCUGCCUCCAAAUCCUCCAAGAAAUCCAGCACUCAGACAACUAUCAGCAGGUUCUUCACUAAUGCAAGCGAUCGGGCUCAACCAACUGAGCAGAUUAACUGUCAAGACCGACGCCAUGAGGGCAGAGGGAAGAAGAGGUUGUCUGAUGGAGGAGCAUCCACAGAUAAACGAGCCAAACUCUCGGUCAGCGUGGAGCAGGAGAGGGAUGAGGAGCUCACAGUGACCCCCAGCACCUUAGGUAAGACGGUGUCCUCUAAAGUCAGUAUCAGCCAUGCCACCCUGACCAGACUUAAAGACUUCAGCUGCCCAGGGAGCUCAGAUUCAGUGAUGGAGUUGGAGCCUUCACAUUCGGGAAAAGCUGAAAUUUCUGCCUCACAGCAACAUAAUGUUAUUAUGCAUAACGAAAUGGUUGAAGAGUUCAAAGAAGAGCCCAUUAAGGUUAAACAGGAGUUCUCCUUUAGUCAGUACGCUAAGAAUACUGGAAACAGGAAAAGUUUAGAAGAGCCUUCUGUUUCCAACAGGAGAACCAAGACCAUUUACACUCCUCUAGAAGAACAGUACAUGGAGAUAAAAAAGCAGCAUGUGGACACAGUGCUUUGCGUCGAGUGUGGGUAUAAAUACAGGUUCUUCGGCGAGGAUGCAGAGAUUGCUGCAAAGGAACUCAAUAUCACUUGUCAUCUGGACCAUAACUUCAUGACAGCCAGCAUCCCUACUCAUCGACUGUUUGUGCAUGUUCGUCGACUAGUUUCUCAGGGCUACAAGGUUGGUGUAGUGAAGCAGACCGAAACUACAGCCAUCAAAGCGUCCAGCGCUAACAAAAGUUCACUCUUUUCACGCCAGCUACAUGCGCUUUACACAAAGUCCACACUUGUGGGAGAAGAUGUGAAUCCUCUGCUAAAGCUGGGAGAUUUGGAGCAAGCUGAAGAUGUGGUGCAGGACAGUGGAAACAACUAUCUAAUGUGUGUGAGCGAGAGUUUUGACAAACAGAGCAAGGAGCUGACCGUAGGAAUGGUGGUGGUCCAGCCAAGCAUUGGGGAUGUGAUGGUGGAUUGUUUUAAAGAUAAUAUGAGCCAUUCAGAGCUGGAAUCCAGAAUACUGAGAAUACAACCUGUAGAGAUCCUGGUACCUUCAGAUCUGUCAGAGACCACCGAGAGGUUAUUACGCAACAUCGCUCUCUCCAGUGUCCAAGCAGAUGACAGAAUUCGCAUUGAGAAACGAGAAAGCGCCAUGUUUGAAUACCCAACUGCACUGAGCAUAAUCAAAGACUUCUACAGAGGCGGCCCUCAUUCAGCUGCAAGAAAUCAUGAAAAGGGUUCCUACUCUAUUUGCAUGGGUCUGGAGAGCCCAAUUAUCUGCUGUCUUGGUCCUGUGAUCCAAUAUCUGACUGAGUUUAAGUUAGAGAAGAUUUUACUGUGUUCCAGCUCGUUUAAGCGGCUAUCAAGUGAUCCUGACCAUAUGCUGCUCAGUGCUGCUACUAUGAAGAACCUGGAGAUUUUGUGCAACCAGACCACAGGUUCAGUAAAAGGCAGUCUGCUCUGGGUUCUGGAUCACACUCAGACUCUAUUUGGGAAGAGACUGUUGAGAAAGUGGGUGAGCCAGCCGCUCAAGUCUGUCAUUGAUAUUCAAGCUCGACAAGAGGCAGUUGCUGAAAUAUUGUCUUCUGAAUCCAGUGUCCUUCCCUCUAUCCAGUCUUUGCUAACUCGUCUACCCGACCUCGAGAGAGGACUUUGCAGUAUCUACCACAAGAGAUGCUCCACUCAGGAAUUUUACCUCAUCAUUAGCUCUCUCUCUCGCCUGAAUGUUGAGCUUCAAGCCCUCAUGCCUGCCAUCCAAUCACAGCUCAGCUCUCCCCUUUUGAAGACCCUCCUGCUGGACACACCUCAGCUUUUAAGCCCCGCCCACAACUUCUUAAAAGUGCUGAAUGAGAAAGCGGCAAAGACAGGCAAUAAAACAGAAAUGUUUGUGGACCUGACUGACUUCCCAGUGAUCCGGAAAACAAAAGAGGAGAUUGAGAGUGUUUUGUUGGACAUAAUGGAGCACCGGCGAGAAGUUCGCCUGUUGUUAAAAAACCCAUCUUUGGACUACACCACAGUGUCUGGCCAACAGUUUCUCAUUGAGGUGAAGAACAGUAUGUUGUCCAUAGUUCCAGCAGACUGGGUGAAAAUCAGCAGCACUAAGGUUUUUGGCCGCUAUCACACUCCAUUCAUCGUGGAGAAGCACCGGCGCCUUCAGCAAUUACGCGAACAGCUGGUUAUUGACUGCAAUCACGAGUGGAUCAACUUUCUUCAGCUAUUUGGGGACCAUUACUACAUCCUGAGGAAAGCAGUGUGUCACCUAGCAACCAUGGACUGCCUCUUCUCCUUGGCCCAAGUUGCUAAAGAAAAUAAUUACUGCAGGCCAGAGGUUCUUGAGGAGAAAAGUCAGAUUUUGAUCACAGCAGGGAAGCAUCCUGUCAUCACUUCGCUGAUGGGAGAUCAGGAUCAGUAUGUCCCCAAUGACACUCACUUACAGGGGGACGGCAAGCGAGCCAUGAUCAUCACCGGGCCCAACAUGGGUGGCAAGAGCUCCUACAUUCGACAGGUUGCCCUGGUGACCAUCAUGGCACAGCUGGGCUCCUUUGUUCCUGCACGAGAGGCGUCAGUGGGCAUUGUGGAUGGUAUAUAUGUCAGAAUGGGAGCAUCUGACAACAUCUCCAGAGGCAGAAGCACCUUUAUGGAGGAGCUUCUGGAAACGUCAGAUGUUUUGGCUUGUGCCACAUCCCGUUCCCUGGUCAUCCUGGAUGAGUUGGGUCGAGGCACCAGCACUCACGACGGCAUUGCCAUUGCCUACGCCACGCUGGAGUCCUUCAUCAGAGAGGUGAGGUGUAUGACGCUGUUUGUGACCCACUACCCUCCUUUGUGCGAACUGGAGCAUUUGUACCCACAGCAUGUGGGGAAUUACCACAUGGCUUUCCUGCUCAAUGAGCCGGAGAGCACUUCUGAUGAGGAGGAGGCUCAGCCAGAGUUCAUCACAUUUCUCUAUCAGCUGAUUGAAGGCGCAGCCGCCAGGAGCUACGGGCUAAAUGUAGCGCGUCUGGCUGAAAUCCCAGAGUCCAUCCUGAGGACUGCUGCAUUCAAAUCCAAGGAGUUGGAGGCUCUCGUGAACAGCCGGAGGAAAAUGGUGAGACUGUUAUCUGAUGCCUGGAGUAUCAUCGACACGGAAACACUGCUGGACUGGAGAAAGCGUAGUCAUUAAUAAUAGCAUGUUGGUACUGUAAUUGCCUAUAGGAUGAUGCAAAAAAACAUUCAAACCAUGUAUUUAAAUAGAGUACUCCAUAUACACUGUAAAAAAUAUCUGGUAAUGAACUGUUUCUGUAUUUUGUUUGUGUUUGUGAAUUGUAUUAUGGGACCUUGAUCGACUUUUGAUGUUGAAAAUUCAUGAUAAUUCAUGUUUAUAAAAGUCAGUUUUUCUAAAUGUUUAAGGUUAAAAGUUGUUGGAAGAAAGAUCAAGGUCCCAUUAUGCAAUUCAAAAGCAUUAAUAAACAGGGAAAAAUGAAAUCAUGAACCACAAAAUGCGAAAAACUGCUCAUUUAUGGAUAUUUUUUCAACAGGAUCUGUUUUAGCUUUACACGAAAACAAGACAACUUGUAACUUUUAAUGUGUUGUCUUUGUAUAGAUACUUGCAGUAUAUCAAGGUACUUUGAACAGAACAUUUUCUGAAGAUGUGCUUUAUUUGUAUCUGUUUGGCAAAAGAACAAAAUGAUGCAUUUUUUCAAAGAUUGUAAGUGUAACAUGUUAUUUACAUUGAUUAAAUUGUAAAUCAAAGAUCAC